UUAUCUAUUUCCAAUUUUGAUGUACAUGAAAAGCGCAGAAAGUGUUUAAUUAAUUUUGUGUAUUUUCAAGUUAUGUUGGGCUUUACAAGACUUUUAUUACAUAAAAAUGGAGUUUCUGCUAUUAAUUGCAGGAGUUCCUUGAGCCGGCAUCAUCACAUAUUUAGCUGCAGGUUUCAAAAGGACAUAAAAUUGGUAACUAAAGGGGUCAGAAAUUGCCAAAUUCGAUGCAAUAGCAACCAGGAGAGAAGUGAUAAAGUAAUUGGUUCGUGGUUACUUUGUUGUGGUGGUAUGGUGUAUGUUGCAGUCGCUUUAGGUGGGGUAACCAGGCUUACCGAGUCAGGCUUAUCAAUGGUAAAUUGGAAAUUGCUCGGUGAAAAGAAACCAUCAAACUUAGAGGAAUGGGAAUCAGAGUUCCAUAAGUACCAACAGUUCCCUGAAUUUAAAUUAAAAAAUAGUUCAAUGACUUUGGAAGAGUUCAAAUUUAUAUAUAUGAUGGAAUAUAUUCACAGAAUGUGGGGUCGCGCGAUUGGAGCUGCUUUUCUAUUUCCAGCAAUAUAUUUUUGGAGACGGAACUACUUUACCAAUACAACUAAAAAAUAUGUUUUGGUACUAGGAGCAUUUAUUGGUUUACAAGGGCUUAUGGGUUGGUAUAUGGUCAAAUCUGGCUUAGAAGAUAAAUUUCAAGAUAUAAACGACGUACCCCGAGUAUCACAAUAUCGUCUAGCUUCGCAUUUAGGCGUUGCAUUUAUUCUAUACAGCUUAUUUCUGUCAUCGGGUUUGAAGAAGUUAUUACCACCAACUAAAAUCCUAUCGUCUUCAAAAAGUAUUGUGCACUUGAAAAAAUUAGCACACCUUUCUAAAGGCUUUGUGUUUCUUACGGCGAUAUCUGGUGCUUUUGUAGCAGGUCUUGAUGCAGGAUUAGUAUAUAAUUCCUUUCCAAAAAUGGCUGAUAAAUGGAUUCCCGAUGACAUUCUUGCAUUUGAACCAAUACAGAGAAAUUUUACCGAAAAUCCCACAACAGUCCAGUUUAAUCACAGAGUAUUGGGAAUAACUACGCUGGCGACGGUAUCUCUCUUAUGGAUGUAUUCAAGAAGAUGUGUUUUGCCAAAACGUGCAUAUUACGCUAUGAAUGCCACCAUGAUUAUGGUAUGGUUACAGGCUACUUUAGGUAUAACAACAUUGUUAAACCAUGUUCCAAUCCCACUUGCCACAGCUCACCAGUCUGGUUCCUUGUUAUUGUUGUCCUUUGCUCUUUGGCUAAGCCAAGAAUUGCGGGUGCUAAAGUAUAUUCCAAAAUAAAAUACAUAAUACAUAUAAUAAUAUAACAAAUGUU